GCCAACUUUUGCACACCUUGUAACUGUAAACCAAUAAUUUUGUGCCCUAAAUUUCCAAGUAGUAAUUAUUAUGCGAUUGAAAGGCCCUUGAAAUCGAAAACCCCCAAUUUCACAAUCUCAAUAUCUGCUCCAACUAAAAUUCCCAACAUCAAAGCUCAAUGUAGCUCAAAUUUGAGCUCUUCCGUUGAAUCGGAAGAAGAGCAUCCCUCCAGUGUCGUAGUCUUCGUAAAAGGUACAGCUUGCUAUCAAACUCAUAAUUUUGAAGUACUUUGAUUUUGUAAUUGACAUUUUGUUUGUAAUAACAAUCUAGUUUCUUAAGAAUUUUUUUUCUUUUAGAACUGUUGUGAAAUGCUGUUUUAUUGGCAUAGAGAAUGGUAUUUACAAUGUGUGUGUGUGUGUGUGUUUUCUGCCUCUUAAUUAAAGUUGAAAUGCUUCCUAUACUCAUUUGUGAAUAUAAACUAAAAUAGUUAGACCGUUUAUUUCAUUUUUAGGAUGUAUUUUUGAAUCAGUAAUAGUAAUUAAUACACAUAUAUAGUACAUCCGUCGUUUGUAUGGUUUAUGUAACUGAAAGUUAAAUUUAUGGCUUGGAUUGUUGUUCUGAAUGUGUGAGAUUAUUUUAUGAUUCUGUUAAGAAAAGAGUCGGUCUUUUGCUUCUCUUGUGCUAUUUAUUAGGUAUGGAUACAAGCAUUGUUUGCACCAUCAUACAAUGUGUUGUUUGAUUUUGCAAUAAAAUUCGCAUUACAGUUGUUAUAUUACCUGAUCUCUUGAGUCGUGUGUUGUCCAAUUAUCGUUAUUCUUCUCUGUUCUGGUGGAUUGGACUCUCUGGUCGCAAUAAACAGGGCUAGCGCAAUCAACGGGGGAGGGAGGGCUGAAGGAAGCAUUUUCGCGAUAUGGACAAGUCAGUCGAGUCAAACUUGUACUCGAUAAGAAAACUAAGCAACCUCUCGGAUUUGCUUAUGUCUGGUUCGUGGGAGAGGAGAAUGCACAAGCAGCCAUUAAAGAGAUGAACGGGCAGGUAAACAUCGUCUGCCCUUGAUUCAUAAGAUCGUCACUUGUCAGAAGCAUUCUUGCUCACUUGGCUGAAUUCAUCCACUGUUCAGUUCUUCGAGGGACGAUUUAUACAUGUGGCCCUCGCAAAGCCCGGUUCCUGCAAAAUUCCUCAGAGGCCUAGCGUUUACAAAUUCUAGGUGGCCUAAUUGACCAAAUAAACGUUGUUGGUGCUGUGAAUUGAUUGUAUAUAGAUUAUGGUGUAGCAUUCUCUUUUUUUUCUUCUUUCACUUUUUUCUUUUUUCUUUUGCAGUUUAUAGAACUGUGGCAGAAAUUAACGAUCAUAUUGACAGAAACAUUUUUCCUAAAGCUAUAAAAAUCAGCUAGAUUUCGCUUCUAUAUAAGUAAAAACAAUAACUAGAGAUCAAAUAGAAAUAUAUCAAUCGAAAUCAGUAGAAUUAGUAUAUCUGGAUUAAUAAAUAAUGAAUCUAACAAGAAAUACAAUAAAUAAUAAAUAGAAAAUAAUAUCAAUCCAAAUGUUCGAAUUAGAUUAGUACGUAUAUGUGAAUAAAUAAAAUCAUGAAUAUAAUUUGAAAUAGAAUAAAUAAAAACCAGUACAUAGAAAAUAUAUCAACUAAAACUAUUUGAAUUAGAUUAGUAUAUGCACAUGAAUAAAAUAAUGACUAUAACCAUAAAUAGAAAAAGUAAAAUACAUUAAAUACGUAGAUUAGAAUGUGAUUAGUAUAAAUGAGGAGGCUUUGAAAGAGAGAACAAGGAAGAUUGAAGAAUGCAAUUAAUCAAUGGCGUGGCGCUGCUGAGAAUAUUGUAUACGAAAGCCGCGGCGGCCACCGUAUCGACGUCGACAGGUGUAGAAUUCGGCACGUUUCUGUGGUACAGCUACGCCGGAAUAUCAUGCUUCUUGGUAGUCUUCGCCGGAAUUUGUUCGGGCCUCACCUUGGCCCUCAUGCCCUUGGGACAAGUCGAGCUCGAGGUCCUCCGCCGCAGUGGCUCCCCAUCCGAGAAGAAACAGGCUGUUGCAAUACUUCCAGUGGUUCAGAAGCAGCACCAGCUUCUCGUGACAUUGCUUUUAUGUAAUGCUGUUGCAAUGGAGGCCCUUCCACUGUACUUGGAUAAGAUGUUCAAUCCAUUUGUUGCCAUUAUAAUGUCCGUGACUUUUGUUCUAAUUUUUGGGGAGGUUAUUCCUCAAGCCAUAUGUGCUAGAUAUGGGCUUGCUAUGGGUGCAAAUUUCAUUUGGCUCGUGCAAGUAAUGUUGGUUAUAUGCUAUCCUAUUUCUUACCCGAUUGGAAAGCUACUGGAUUGGGCGCUUGGACAUAGUGAGCCACUUUUCAGAAGAGAUCAGUUGAAGGCUUUUGUGUCUAUUCAUGGAGAGGAGGCGGGGAAAGGUGGCGAACUCACACAUGAUGAGACGACUAUUAUCAGUGGAGCACUAGAUUUAACCAAGAAGAUCGCUGAGGAGGCCAUGACGCCAAUCGAGUCUACAUUUUCUUUGGAUUUGGACUCAAACUUGGACUGGGAAGCUAUAAGUAGGAUCAUGGCUAGUGGCCAUAGUCGAAUUCCUGUCUAUCAUGGGAGGCCGAGGAACAUCAUUGGAGUUUUACUGGUAAAGAGUCUCCUCACAGUGAGACCAGAAACAGCUACACCAGUAAGCAAUGUUUCCAUUCGUAGAAUCCCUUGUGUUCCAGCAGAUAUGCCUCUAUAUGACAUACUGAACGAGUUUCAGAAAGGCAGCAGUCACAUGGCUGCUGUGGUAAAGUCGAAAGGAACUAGAACAAAGCCUUCGUUUGUUGAAGCUAGGAAUGAGAACUCAAACAUGGACUCAAGCUUGAUCAGUCCAUUGCUGUCAAAUAGAGUGGACAAGACAGAUAGUGUAGCUAUUGAUAUCUACCUGGACUCAACGCCGAGUGAAUCAGAAGAUGGUGAAGUUGUUGGCAUCAUCACUUUGGAAGAUGUAUUUGAAGAACUUCUGCAGGAGGAAAUUGUUGACGAGACUGAUGAAUUUGUUGAUGUGCACAAAAGAAUACGCGUGAUGGCAGCUGCUUCAUUGGUGCAAUCUCCAUCCUUUAGGAGGAUAGCUAUGCAGAAAGGAGUUUAUAAACCCGCGUCAACUUCCAGAAAAUCAAAUGAGUUCGGAUGAUCGAUGAAGAGAGAGGGCUGCUUGAGUUGAGUCCAUUUUGUUGGUAGAGAAAAUAGGUGUAUAUUCUAAUGUUUGGUACAUAACAACUCAAUAGGAAUAGUCUGAGCUCAGCUUCAUAAUUUGAAUCAAAUGGAGUUGGAUAAAUUGUUGAUUAUAUAUCAGCCGUAAGUAGAGAAACAGCUAGUUUAUCCAAUUCCAGCAACAAAUAAUUGACAUAGUUAUUCGUUUUGGUGGUAAUGUUUCAAUUAUUAUUUUCUACUUAAAAUCAUUCUAUUUAGAGCCAGAAGUAUAACAUUAUAGUACAUCUUAUUGAAAAUACAAAAUUUAGCUAAAUUAAUUUCCUAGUAGCUAGAAUAAUCCCAUUGUACCUUUACAUUAUAGCAUCACAUCCUCAGCAGAGAGACAAUUCCACGCUGAUGAUCUCCUUUUGUCAGUCCUCGAAGCUCACGGCUUCGAGCUUCAACCGUAUGAGAAUGACAGAGCACCUCCACAUGAUGUGGAGGCGCGUCCUCUGCUCUUGGAAGUAGCGCGAACACUUCUCCCAUACCCGGAGCUUCUGUCGAGCUAAGCCCAUUGAUUGCCGCACAACUAAGAUGAAGAUCAAUGUAGGCAAAAGAACAAAAAGUAGUCGUAUAUGAUUCUUGAAUUC